AUGUUACAGGUGUCUUUACUGUGCUUCUCUACGCAGGGCCAGACACCUGAGGUAGCCUUCCUUGCGUCAAUAGCCCAAGACUUAGGGAAGAAGUCUGACAUCAUUCUGCCUCCAGGGACAGUGACCAAUAUUUUGUCCACGGUCCUGUCAGUCAGCAGUGGCAUGCCUCCCGAAAAGGGCUCAGCCAGCAGUGGAAAUGUAGCCAACAUUGUCCUAGACGUCUCUGAGAAACUGAUGUCUACCCUGAUUGAGCCCACCACCACAGAAAACAGAAAACUUGUGACGACACCUACCAUGGAAAUUAAUUUACAGAUCAUUGGUCCAGCAUGGAACACGACCAAGAUUCCCGUGCUGAACGCCAAGGGAAACACAAUGACACUCGACAAUCUUGCAUCUAUUGCUGAACAGAACAACGGAUCCGCUGCUGCAGUUCUGAUGUCAGUCAGUGGGAUGGAGAAACUCAUGAGUCCCAGUUUCUUCAAGAGUGAAAAUGCCACAGAGAUGUAUUCUGACAUCGUCACUGCCACGCUGCCUAAGACGAAACACAAGGAGCUCACCGAGCCUGUCAACUUCACUAUGUACCACAAGAAGACGUUGCAGGCUGGGCUGGUUACCUGUGUGUACUGGAUGGAAAAUGGGAAUGAGACACACUGGUCAGUGGAGGGGUGCACAGCCUCCUUCUCCAACGAGACCCACACAGUAUGCACCUGUACCCACCUCUCCACAUUCGCCGUCCUCCUGCAGACGGGGGGACAGGAUAACGAAGAGGAUGAUCCUCUGCUGGAGAUGGUAGACCUGUUCUGUAUGUGUGUGGGUCUGGCCUUCCUCGCCCUCGCCAUCCUCACUUUCCUACUGUGCACAUGGAACCCUAAGGUCAACAACACUGCCCGCCUCCACCUCUGCAUCUGCCUCUUCUUGGGUCACCUGCUCUUCCUGGUGGGCGUGUCUCGCACCGAGAAUGCUGUGGUGUGUGCAGUCAUUGCAGGCUUGCUGCAAUUCAUCUUCCUGGCAGGCUUUGUGUGGAUGUUGCUGGAGACUGUGCAGCUGUUCCUGCUGGUCAGAAGCCUGACCAAAGUACAGGUCAUCCAGAAGGAGGGGCUGAAGACACUGUACCUCCUGCUGAUUGGCUACGGAGCUCCCACGGUGGUGGUGGGAGUGUCUGCAGCGGUGUUUCCAGGCGGUUAUGGCAGCAAAAACACGUAA